AUGGAGAAAAUAGCUUUAAUACAAAGCCCUCUAGAUUAUAUUCGACUAAAUAUGGAGGAAGAAAUAUUUCUUAAAUGUAAAGGAGAUAGAGAAUUAACUGGAACUUUAGAUGCUUAUGAUAACCACUUAAAUAUGAUCUUAUCAAAUGCUAAAGAAAAAUAUAAACAAGUUACUAUUGAAAAUAAUGAAGAAUGUGUAAAGCAAAUCGAAAGAAAUUUAGAUAUGGUUUUUGUUCGAGGAGAUUCAAUCAUUUUAGUAUCAUCCGCUGCAAAAUGA